UGUUCUAAUUUGUAAGUUUUUUCACCAGCUUUCCUACUAUUUUUUCAAUAGAACAAAUAUCGAAGAUGCUUUUGACAUUUAAAACAGUGUUUCAUUCUCAAAUUUUAUGCAGAAGUAUGUCGCAAGCCACCAAUAAAUUAAGUGGGAAGGUAGCUAUUGUCACAGCAUCAACUGAAGGCAUUGGAUUUGCCAUUGCUGAGCGCCUGGCGAGUGAUGGAGCUCGGGUAGUGGUGAGCAGUCGAAGAACUGGAAAUGUGGAUCGAGCUGUCAAGGAGCUGCAGGAGAAAGGCUUAACUGACAUCAUGGGUCUGCAAUGCAAUGUUUCUAAGGAAAAGGAUAGAAUAAACCUGGUGCAAGAGACCGUCGCUAAAUACGGUGGAAUUGAUAUCCUUGUAUCCAAUGCUGCAGUCAACCCAGCUAUGGGAGGAAUUCUUGAUUGUGCCGAGCCAGUUUGGGACAAAAUCUUCGAUGUAAAUGUGAAGAGCGCGUGGCAGCUGACCCAACUCGUAGCGCCACACAUGCAGAAAGCCAAGAAGGGUUCCAUCAUCUACGUGGCCAGCAUAGGCGGCUACCAUCCCCUCAACUUAUUGGGUGCGUACAGCCUGAGCAAAACAUGCCUGCUGGGGCUGAGCAAGGCCGUGGCCCAGCAGCUAGCACCCGACAACAUCAGGGCGAACUGUAUUGCUCCUGGAAUCGUCAAGACAAAAUUUUCCUCACCACUUCAUGGCAAUGAGGCAGUGUACGAGAAGAUGAUGGAGAGCGUACCUCUGGGCAGGAUGGCAGAGCCCAGUGAGAUGGCAGGCUUGGUGUCGUUCCUGGCAUCAGAUGACGCGUCGUACAUCACAGGCGAGAACUUCGUGGCCGCAGGCGGCAUGCAGUCCAGGCUGUAGUGCACCUCUGGCUCUCCGGCAACAAAAUUACACGAAUUCUUGAAGGUUUAAUAUUAAAAGCCCCUGGCCAGAGGAAAAUUAUAGAUUUCAUGCUAAAACUACAAAAACUACAUUCUAGCACAAGUUACAAUCUAUUAAAUUUCUCUUUAUUUUGUUCUAUAAUUGUGUGCGUAAGGGCGUUGAAGUUACCAUUCUAAUUGGUCUAUAUAAGUUGAACGGCGUUUCCAUGUUGUUACAAGGUGCUACAAUUCUACAGAGAUUGAUAUUUUAAUUUAUUAAUUAAAUGUUGAAUAUAUCGAGAUAGCUAAAU